ACACUCCAUUCAAAGUAAUUUGCAGUGACGCCACCCGAGACCCGACUAUCUUCAAGGACUUUUUUCGCAGCAACCAGCUUUUCGCUUCCCGCCGUUUCUUUUCCCGCGUGAAAGUUUCUCGAAGACCCGCUUAAAAUUUCAAUGGCACUUUCAACACUCCGUUCCGCCGCAUCUCGCUUAACCCUCUCAUCCUCGCUCCGAAGUGUAUUACCGCGUGCACAGGUGACCGCAUCGGCGGCAGUUGUCACGAGCACGCCGUUACAGCAACCUCGGUGGAAAUGCACGGACUGUGGGAAGAACUGCGGCCUUUGCAAUAAAGUAUCCACCUUCAAGCCGGUCGUCAGACACGCCCACGCACAGCCGAAGACCGCCACCACGACCGCUGAUGAGAUAUCCACCAUAGCGCGCAACCCCGACAAGGAUUGGUUCGAGAUCACGUGGAAAGAUGGCUUCAAAGGGAAGUACCCUUACGUGUGGCUACGGGACAACUGCCGCUGCCCGGAUUGCUACUACCCGAGUUGCCACCAGAGGUCGAUGCUGAUGUACAACAUGGAUCCCAAUGUCAAGCCGGUGACGGAAGAACUUAAGGAUGGCGGAAGACUCUUCGAGGUCAAGUGGACGGACGAUCACGUGAGCCCCUACCCCGCAGAAUGGCUAAAGAUGCAUAGAUUCGACAAGACCGACUUUGACGUCGUCCGCAAGAUCAAGAAAGUCUCGUGGGGGUCAGAGUUCACCGAGAAGAUUCCUUCCUUUGACUACAAGGACGUCAUCAACGAAGACCAGGCCCUGUAUGGCUGGAUGGAAAGCUUGGUCAAGUGGGGCCUGGUCCUGGUUAGGAACGCUCCACACGAUGACAUGAAUGUCCAGAACAUCUGCGACAGGGUUGGCUACGAGCGUUUCACCUGUUACGGAUCGGACUUCAGAGUGGAGAACAUCUUUGAAUCGAGUAGUCUGGGAUUCACCACUGCUGCUCUUGGGCUCCAUCUGGACUUGCCCUACUAUGAUUACCGCCCCGGAGUUCAAUUCCUGCACUGCUUGCGCCAGUGCGAGGUAAAAGGCGGCGAAAGUCAGUUCGUUGAUGCCAAACGAGUUGCAGAGACGCUCAAGGCGGAGGAACCGGAGUGGUACGAGUACAUGACCAAGGUCAAACUUGACUUCCGUCUCCUCGGGAUCGACUAUAUCGACUCGCAUCUUCAACAUGCAAGGAACUUGAUAGAACUUGAUGAAAACGGCGACUUCAGUACCCUGGCCUACAAUGACCAAACUCGAUCACCUUACAUGAAUGUCCCCGUGGAAGAAGUAAGCAAGAUCUACAAAGCUUUGAAGAAGUUCAACGACUUCCUCUACAGAAAGGAGAAUUUCAUCGACUACAAACUCCAGCCAGGUGAAAUCGUCGCCUUCGACAACAACCGCGUGAUGCACGGACGCAGCGCGUACACUGUCAAGUUCGUCGACGGCGAGGACCAUUCCAGACUUCUGAUUGGUGGAUUCCUAGACUGGGAUGAAAUCCAUUCACGCAUGCGCCUUGUCGAUGAGCGCAUGCACGGCACACCGAGGCUGUGAAGCUGUUGGUCAUAACGAUUUAGAAGUGUGAGAAGAAGUAAUAACUACUGUCGACAAAAUAUUAAUAUAUUUCUCCGUUCUUUCCUUUCAUGGA